UUCAGUUAUGCUCAAGUUGUCGAAAUGGCUCUUACGGCGGAGCGAAGUGAAAACAAAAUUUGGAAGGAAAAUGCUGCCAGGAGAGAAUCUAAGAAAGGUGGAGCCAAUUCUAAUGACCACAAGAAACGGGGACAGGACCAGUCCGGGCAGCCAAGUCAAGACAAGAGGUACAAAAGUGAUAACGACCAACGAUUUAAUGGCAGCAGUGGGCAAAACAUUCCAGAAUGCCCUAAAUGUACCAAACGUCAUCUCGGCGAGUGUCGCGCAAAAGCAUGCUACAAAUGUGGAAAAGAAGGACACAUCAAACGCAAUUGCCCACUGUGGGGACAGACUGGGAAUAGAGCAGAACCCAAGAAAGAUGACAAGUAUGUUCCAGCCAGAGUUUUUGCCAUCACUCAAGCAGAAGCUGAGGCCAGUCCUUCGGUUGUAUCAGGAUCUUGUUCUCAACAAGGAAAUUCGUUGAGGUGCUCGAGGUAGCAAGUGUGGUCUUAGCAACUGAGGUAAGAAGAGUGGACAUCUGUACACAGGGUGUAUGUUAUGCAUACAACUUGGGUUGGUUUGUUAUUUAAUUUGAUUGUAUUGUGAUUUCCUUAUAUUUUGUGAGCAUCGUUAGCAUGAGAAUAAUAUUAGGGUCUUGCUGCUUGUGUGAGCAUAACACUUGCAGGUUAUAACAUUAUCAUGGGUGAGUACAACUUAUGGUAAUUAAUUGCCCUGUUGGAUGCCAAGUGUGAGAAUAACACAAGGCAGGGCAGGUUACCUCAUGUCUGAUCAACAUGAGUGUAUAGUGAUUAUUGUAUGUGAGUAUAAUGUGCGGUAUGAGACUUGAUGUGUGCAUGUGAGAACAACAUGCGUUGUGGAUAUAUUUAUGGAAUGUGAAUUACUGUUGAUUAAUAUUAAAGAGCAAAUUAUGUCAAGUAACUAGUUAGGAGGGUUAUGUCCUACAUAGCUCUUCUUACUGGGCGUUAGCUCACGGGUACUCUGUGUGCAGGUAAGGGUAAGGCUAAGCAGUGAGAAUGAAGAGCUCGAGGCAUGGACCGCAUGUUAGGGGGCUGGCACAGUAUUUUGCUUUUAAUGUUUUUUUUUUUACUGCUAAACAUUUUGGAACUAUUAUUUUGACUUAACUAGUUCUUAUUUAAGUUUACAGUACUAAAAGAAUUUUGUUUUAAACAAUGAGAUCUCAUGCUUGGAUAUUUUUCAAUAUAGAAGUAUUUGUUUGUCUUUGUCUUAUUAAAUUGUUUUAUACGGACUAUCCUAUGUGACAUCUCGGGAAAUCGGGGUGUUACAAAA